AUGCCACCCGACCUCAAUUCGCUACCUACGAGCCGACCGUCCAGCAUGCCAGGCUCUCCACUUUCGCAGCGUCCACGAAGAAUUUCAAUCAGCACGGGAACGGAUGCUGCCCGACCUAGUCCGCCUUCACCUCGAUCGCCUUCACUGUCUUCACUUCAGGCAGCCGCAACCAUCAAUGCCGGCCUACACCAUUCACCAUCGCGCGCAUCUCCAAGCGUCGAACGGCGCCGCUCAUCACUCAUGAACAACCUCACGCUGAACGAUCCUACAGUGCCCGCUCCAGGCGAGAUGCAACAAAGCAGCCCCAGUACUGCCGGCAGCCGGCGCAUGAGCAGGAGGUCGUUCGCGCUCAAUACCGCAGAUCCACAUCACCCUCGACAGCCAAGCUUGGGAGAGCUCCACCAAGAAUUGGAAAAUGAGCAGGAAGCUCAGGUCAACAGACUCUUGCAUAUGAUCAGAGUCCAACAAGAUCAGCUAGCAGCGAUGCAACGACAGCAGAACAGUCCUGUAGACAGUUCUCCAACUACUGCUGACAAUACAACCGCCGCCGCAACUCCAUCCACUCUCGCGACUCCAGCUGGCACUGCAGUCACAGAGGCUUCGAGUCCGCACUCCAAUAGCACUACAGCCGCAGCUGCUGCACACCCACACUUCAAUCGGCCCCAUUCCUUGUCACGGAGGUCAUCGGCAUUGAUCUCAACCCCUGGAAGCCGUGGCACAUCUCCGGCACUGCGACCCCAGAACGGCAGCCUGGGACCAUUGACCGAAGACUUCCUCCUUGGCGGCACGAGGGACGAGACUGCUUUCUACCAAGCAGAGACGCAGACAUUGACGAGGGAGAACCAGAUGCUGAAGCUACGCAUCCGAGAACUCGAACGACAGAUUAGCGAGAUGGGAGGAGCGUCGUCGAGUGCUACCCAGCAGAGUCUUGCGGCAAGCCAGACUCAUCAGCACUCACCUUUGACCAGUCCACCUGCGACCUUCGCAGCGGAGAGCGUUACUGUGCCGGCGGAGGUGGAAGCGACUGCAAAGGUCGAUUGAGCUUUCCCAGUUUUCUUAUGAUUGUACAAUGAGCGAGGCGUUGGUGGACUUUCGGAGAGCACAAGUAAAAGUGUAUGAAUUACGAGGGACGAAAGACCAGAUAUUACUGGCAUUGGGAACUGGGAGCUUGGGCAAAUGGCGAUGUGAACUGGACUUCACUCUGGAUUACGAUGUAGCGAUACUACUUGACGAUG